AGGGCUGUAUAUCAAAAUUGUGACAUAUAUCUUCUCGAUGACGUUUUCAGUGCUGUCGAUGCUCAUACUGGAUCAGAAAUAUUUAAGGAAUGUGUGAGGGGAGUGCUUAAAAACAAGACGGUUUUACUUGUAACUCAUCAAGUUGACUUCUAGCAUAAUGUUGAUCAUAUUUUGGUCAUGAGAGAUGGGAUGAUAGUACAAGGAGGAAAGUAUAAUGAGUUGCUAAGCUCUGGCCUGGAUUUCAAAGAGCUAGUAGCUGCCCAUGAAACCUCCAUGGAGCUCGUAGAAAUGAGCCCCACUAUUCCCAGCAAAAGUUCCCCCAGCCCUCAAAUAUCUCCUCAACCAUCUUCAAACCACCGGGAAGCCAAUGGUGCAAACGACUCUUUAGGCCAACCAAAGUCUGAUAACAGGACUUCUAAACUCAUCAAAGAAGAGGAGAAAGAAACAGGCAAAGUGAGCUUGCACGUUUACAAAGUUUAUUGCACAGAGGCUUACGGAUGGUGGGGUGUGGUGUUGGUGUUGUCAUUGUCUCUCUUGUGGCAAGCAACUCUAAUGGCGGGUGAUUACUGGCUGUCCUAUGAAACUUCAGCAGAUCGUGCAGUGGCAUUCAAGCCAUCUGUCUUUAUUACCGUCUAUGCUAUUAUUGCUGCUAUUUCAUUUCUUGUGGUAUUGGUAAGAGCAUUUUCUGUUACGAUUGUGGGGCUUUCGACAGCUCAAAUUUUUUUCAAGCAAAUUCUUCACAGCAUCCUGCAUGCCCCCAUGUCAUUUUUCGAUACUACACCUUCUGGAAGAAUUCUGAGUAGGGUAAGAGUUUGUGAGUUAGAAUUGCUUACCUUUUCUUUUUCUGUUUAAGCAUUAGUUUUUGUCAUAGUUGAUGAGAGAUCCUAUUCUCUGUUUAAUCUAAGUUGUAUACGUUGUCUUCUUUGCUAACUGAUCAGACAAAUAUCGAUCAAUUUCUUCCCUUCAUUUUGGGUAUGACCAUUGCCAUGUACAUCACUGUGCUUGCCAUCUUUAUCGUUGUAUGCCAAAAUUCCUGGCCAACAGUAUUCUUGCUGAUUCCACUUAUUUGGCUUAAUAUAUGGUACCGGGGUUACUAUCUUGCAUCAUCUCGUGAAUUAACUCGGCUGGAUUCAAUCACAAAAGCUCCUGUUAUCCAUCACUUCUCAGAGAACAUAUCCGGAGUUAUGACGAUCCACUCUUGGAAAAUUCAGAACAUGUUCUCCAAGGAAAAUGUUAAACGUGUUAAUGCCAAUUUACGUAUGGAUUUCCACAACAACGGAUCCAAUGAGUGGCUGGGUUUCCGUUUGGAGAUGCUUGGGAGUUUAAUUCUCUGCAUUUCCACUCUAUUCAUGAUCUUAUUGCCAAGCAGUAUUAUAAAGCCAGAGAAUGUUGGUUUAACUCUCUCCUAGGGAUUGCCC